AUGUUAAAAACGCUUGAACCAGAUUUAAAUCCAGACUCAAUUUCUUGUGAUUUCGAGCUUGCUGCUUUUACAGCUAUAAAAGAUGCAUUCCCUAAUGUACAAAUAUUUGGAUGUUAUUUUCACUUAUGUCAAAACUUUCGAUCUAAAUUAGGUGAGCUACAUUUUUUAAUAACUCGUUGUAAAAAUGAACCAGAAUUUUGCAUACAAGUAAAAAGUAUUAUCGCAUUAGCUUUCGUUCCUAUAUCAGAUCUUGAUGAUGCGCUAGAUAUUUUAUCAGAAAGUUUACCCGAGGAACUAAUAGAUAUAUUAGAUUGGUUCGAAGACUUUUAUAUUGGCCGGAAAAAUCGUAGUCGUGAAGGUCGACGGCCUGCGCGAUUUUCUCCGGCAAUGUGGAAUUUAUACGAACGUGUAUUAACAAAUAAAGACCGUACAAAUAACCAUGCUGAAGCGGCGAAUAGAAGAUUAAAUCAGUUAAUGGCAAACAAACCUACAAUUUGGGCUUUCAUAAGCACAUUACUUAAAAUACAAGCAGGAACGGAUACACAGUAUGAGCAUUUGGUAACGGGUAAUAGUCAACGGAAAAAGUUAAAAAAGUUUAGAGACACAGACAAUCGUAUUUAUCAGCUAGUUGAUAGAUACGAUAAAAAUGACAUUCCAACUUUUAUCAGGGGAAUAUCAAAUAAUAUAGCGUUGAAAUAA